GCUUCAUAGACCGCUUCGAAUCGCCUCCAUGGAUGGCGAUGACGUGAUCGCAGCUGUUACAGUUUAAACCGCCUCGAUUUUGCAUUCCGCGGGCAGUUUAGCCCAAAAAUGACACGCCAGUUAAUUGCGGACGGGGUGACGGGGUUCUAGCGAAGCAGCCAUAUUACGAAGUUCAAAUACCACUCCUACAAAUCCAUCAGAGAAUCAACAAAGUACGGCUUAUCAUCGCCAGGCGAACCGGUUUGCCCAAACAGAUAAAGCCACAAAACGCCCGCACUUGAAAAAUAACCGAGUGUAGUUACAGUGCGAUUUGAAACAUGGGUCAAAAACUAUCGUGUUGCAAAAAGUGCGGCGAUUGGAAGUGGUGCACAGCUAAGGACAGCGAGGAGCCAACGCUGCGUAUACGCAAUGCCAAUGCCAACUAUUUCACGGGUGCUGCACAAGGCGACAAAACAGAUGGCGCCAGCUCACCAGUGCUGGGUGUGUUGAGAGUCGAUCUCUGCCAGGAAGACAACCACGAGGAGCACCACACGAGCCACUUCUACGCGGCGACGGCCAAGGAGGCGCUGGUCGUGCGGCGAGGUGAGCCCUUCAGGCUGAAGAUCCACUUCAACCGGGACUACAGUCCCAGCAAGGAUGCCAUCAGCUUCAUUUUCACGGUGGCGGACGACACCAAGCCGACUCCCGGCCAUGGAACACUCAAUGCCCUGGUGCCGCACGAUGGCAUCGAUUAUCUGGGGGACACCCUGGAAUGGGGUGCCGGCAUUGAAUCGCAUGAGGGUCAAACGCUCACGGUGCUGAUUAAGCCCCCAUCCACCUGUCCCGUGACGGAGUGGAAACUGGACAUCGACACGAAGCUGCUGGGCGAUGGAUCGCGGAGCUAUGUCCUGCCGCUGCCCAUCUAUGUACUCUUCAAUCCCUGGUGUCCGGACGAUCAGGUGUACCUGGAGGAUCGGGACCAGCGCAAGGAGUACGUGAUGCACGACACCACGCUCAUCUGGAGGGGAUCCUACAACAGAUUGCGUCCCUCGGUGUGGAAAAUCGGCCAAUUCGAACGCCAUGUGCUCGAGUGCAGCCUGAAGGUACUGGGAACGGUGGGCAGGAUUCCGCCGGCCUACAGAGGCGAUCCCGUGAGAGUUGCUCGAGCUUUGUCCGCUUUGGUGAACUCCGUGGAUGAUGAUGGUAUCCUGCUCGGCAACUGGUCGGAGGACUUCUCCGGCGGCGUGGCACCCACCAAGUGGACCGGCUCUGUGGAGAUCCUUCAGCAAUUCCACAAGACGCAGAAGUCGGUGAAGUUCGCACAGUGCUGGAACUUCAGCGGUGUUUUGACCACCAUUGCGAGGUGUUUGGGAAUACCCUCUAGGAUCAUCACUUGCUACUCCUCCGCUCACGACACGCAGGCCUCGCUCACCGUGGACGUGUUCAUCGAUGCCAACAACAAGAAGUUGGAUGCAGAGACCACGGACUCCAUCUGGAACUACCACGUGUGGAACGAGCUCUGGAUGCAGAGACCGGACUUGGGAGUGGGCGAGCACGGCACCUUCGAUGGCUGGCAGGUGGUGGACGCCACUCCGCAGGAGGCAUCCGAUAACAUGUACCGCGUGGGUCCCGCAUCCGUUUCGGCGGUGAAAAACGGCGACAUCCUGCGACCCUUCGAUAAUGGCUUUGUCUUCGCGGAGGUGAAUGCGGACAAGCUCUACUGGCGCUACAACGGACCCAGUCAGCCGCUUAAGCUGCUCAGGAAGGAUACCCUGGCCAUUGGACACCUGAUCAGCACGAAAGCGGUGCUCAAGUGGGAAAGGGAGGACAUCACCGAUACCUACAAGCAUGCCGAGCGCUCCGAGGAGGAAAGGAGCACCAUGCUCAAGGCCCUCAAGCAAUCCCGGCAUGCGUUCAGUCGUUACUAUCUGAAUGACAACUUCAAUGAGAUUGAGUUUGAUAUGGAGCUGAAGGACGACAUCAAGAUUGGCCAGAGCUUCAGUGUGGUCCUGAAGGUGUCCAACAAGAGCGAGAGUCGCACCCACAUGGCCACGGGUCAGAUCAGUUGCGAUGCCGUGCUCUACACCGGAGUGGGUGCCAUGGAGGUGAAGACUCUGGGCUUCGAACUGGAACUGGAGCCCAAGAGCAGCGACUAUGUGCGCAUGGAGGUGAUCUUCGAGGAGUACUACGACAAGCUCUCCUCGCAGGCCGCCUUCCAGAUUUCCGCGGCCGCCAAGGUCAAGGACACCGACUACGAUUACUAUGCGCAGGAUGAUUUCCGGGUGCGCAAGCCGGACAUUAAGUUCCAGCUGGGUGAGGCUGCCAUUGUGGCCCAAAAGGAGCUGGACGUCAUUCUGCGCCUGGAGAACCCGCUGCCCAUUCCUCUGCACAAGGGUCUGUUCACGGUGGAGGGUCCUGGCAUCGAGCAGCCCCUCAAGUUCAAGAUCGCCGAAAUUCCAGUGGGCGGCACUGCGGCUGCCACCUUCAAAUACACUCCGCCCUACGCGGGGCGUGGCACCAUGCUGGCCAAGUUCACGUCCAGGGAACUGGACGACGUGGAUGGCUAUAGGCACUAUGAAAUUGAGCCACGGCCGGAGGAUCUGCUGCAGCCCAAUGGAAGCCACCGAAGCAGCAACAUCAUCCGCAGACGCACCGAUGUAAUAGCCUAAACCUUUCUUAGUUAAAAUGCGUUGCCCUUUUGUAUUGCUUAGGCUAAGUGAUUUGUUGUAAAUAAUAUUAUUAAUACACCGUAAUUAUACCCGUUACUCGUAAAGAAAAAGGGUAUACUAGA